UAUGCCCCACUUGGAUGACGAGGAUAUACGGAACUAUUUAGAAAAUUUAGACGAUUCUGAAGAUGGUCUCGACGGCUCUGAAUCGGAAAGUGACGAGGAAGACACCUAUUACCAAGCGGCUCGGGAAGUUUUUCGCGACCUGGAGGGUUCAGAUUGCGAAGAGCGUCACAUAGGUGAGAACAUUCAAAGUCCAUCUUCUAACUAG